UUCCCACCCACCCCAGAGCCGUGGGGUGAAGGGACGCAAGGGAGGGAGGAGACCCUCCCUACCCACCCGCGGUUUCUGCCUCGUAGUUGCCACGUUGGAUCCUCCCUCUCCUCUGGCGCUCGCAAGGGAGCGGGGCAAACAACCAGGCGAGCCGCAGCGCCCGGCUCCAUGUGAUCGAGCCGAACCCCCUCUUGCGAGGGACUAGCGGGGGGGCGGGACGAAGGGAGGAGCGGGGCUGGGGGACGGGAGCCUGUUGCCCCCUCGCGAGUUAGCGGCUCGGGCAGCCUCGCCCAGCCGCCUGGAUGUGCAGAGCGCCCGGCGACGCGGCAGCCGCGAGAUGUAGCGCGGCCGGGAGACCAGCGGCGCGAGCAAGCAGGGUCCCCCCGCGCUGGUUCCUCCGAGCGUGCCUGCGCCCGCCCGGGCGCUCUGGGGCGGGCCGCCCCCUCCCUCUCCCCCGCCGGCGGCCGGGGUCUCCCCUCCGGGCCAGGCGCUGAGUGACGGGGCACGCGGCCAGGCUUGAAGAAUGGCAUGCAAAGAUGGUCUCUGCCAAGGAGCUAGUGAUCGCGAUGUCCUCGGGUCUCUGCAUCACCCUCCUGCACUUCCUGUGCCUGGCGACCUGCGUCACCGAGCCCCCGGGGCAGAUCAAAAAGGAGGAGAAAUUAUGGCCGGAGAAUUUUACAAGCAUCCUGAACAGUCUCCUGGAUGGUUAUGACAACAGGCUGCGUCCUGGAUUUGGGGGUCCUGUUACUGAAGUCAAAACAGAUAUAUAUGUCACCAGUUUUGGACCGGUUUCUGAUGUAGAAAUGGAAUACACAAUGGAUGUCUUCUUUCGUCAGACAUGGGUGGACAAAAGAUUAAAAUAUGAUGGUCCCAUUGAAAUUUUAAGACUUAAUAAUAUGAUGGUUUCGAAGGUGUGGACACCGGACACUUUUUUCAGGAACGGGAAAAAAUCCGUCUCGCAUAAUAUGACAGCCCCAAACAAACUCUUUAGAAUAAUGAGAAAUGGCACCAUCUUAUACACAAUGAGGCUUACCAUAAGUGCAGAAUGUCCCAUGAAAUUAGUGGAUUUUCCAAUGGAUGGUCAUGCUUGUCCUCUCAAAUUUGGGAGUUAUGCAUAUCCAAAGAGUGAAAUGAUUUACACCUGGACAAAAGGACCUGAGCAGUCUGUGGAAGUUCCUGAAGAGUCUUCCAGUUUAGUUCAGUAUGACCUGCUUGGGCAUACUGUAUCCACUGAAACUGUUAAAUCUAUUACAGGUGAAUAUGUUGUUAUGACAGUUUACUUCCACCUCAGAAGGAAAAUGGGUUAUUUUAUGAUUCAGACAUAUAUCCCGUGCAUUAUGACCGUGAUCCUCUCGCAAGUGUCAUUUUGGAUAAAUAAGGAAUCUGUUCCAGCUAGAACUGUAUUUGGAAUAACGACAGUUUUGACAAUGACAACGUUGAGCAUCAGUGCAAGGCAUUCGUUGCCAAAAGUAUCCUAUGCCACUGCCAUGGACUGGUUCAUAGCUGUCUGCUUUGCCUUUGUGUUCUCUGCUCUUAUUGAAUUUGCUGCUGUCAACUAUUUUACUAAUGUUCAACUGGAAAAGGCCAAAAGGAAGACAGUGAAAUCACUCCUUGAAUUUCCAAUCUUGCCGGUGCAGCGAGAACAGUGCACAGAAGAGGCACUCAUGACUACAGAUGCCAAUUCAAAUGUGAGGAAAAGAACAAAUGCCAUGGCACAGUCAGAAGCCGAUGGUGGGAACCGAACUGACACAGCAAACAGUUCCACCCAACCUUCUGGGGUAACUCAGGGGUCUUCUGACAUUACACCCCAGUCUCUUUCAGCAUCAAGUCCAAACCCGUUCAGUCGCCUCAGUGUAUCAGAAACAUUGUCUUCUGCAAGAGCUACUCCUCCAGCUCCUCCCUCCACCCCAAUUUUAACUGGAUGCAUAACCCAGCAUAUCACAGCUGGAUCCCCAUCUAUUCAUCAUUUACUUGGAUCUAGACUGGAGCAGAUUCAGACCACAGCUAAUACGGUGGGAGCAUCUGUAAAGCCGUCUGCUAUCUCUCCGUCUCCUGCUCCCCCUGCUUCCAGCUCUGGCACUAGAAUCACAGCCAGAGAUUGGAGUUGCCACCCUAAUGGACACUAUGAGAGAUGAGAGAUGAGAGACAGCAGUACUGCCAGCUACACUUCAGUAGCUGAAUGCACCUCUGGGAACAGCAGACCAGGCUGACGAAGGGAGGUGCAACAUUACAGUGGAGCAGGAAGAUGGGUUCCUAAAGUUAGGCAUCUAAUAGUCCAGUUAAAUGAGGGUGCUGUUAUGAGGAGUAAGCACCUUCAGCUUCCCAUAAAGUCAAUCAGAGUUCAGGGCACCAAGCACCGCAGCACCGGGACACAAGUUAGUAACAAGGCUGGUCUGAGAACUCAGGAGUUCCAGGCUCCCAGCUUUAGGCUCAUUCCACUAGAUCAUGUUCCCUCUCCCAAGCUGGCAGUUAACCCCACUGAUGAUGAACUAUAUGGAAUACCUGUUAGAAACCCAUACAUUUUACUUGGCUCGUUGAGACCAAUAUUUUCUCUAUAGAAUGUCAGGAACAAGACUCUUGUGCAUAUUUAAUACUGAAAGUAAAAACAAAUGUGCCCGUGAAGGUGUGUGUAUGUAUAUGGUGUGGGACAGAUUCACUGGUGUUGCUUUGGGUUGUUCUGAUGACAUACAGUGGCAAACACAUUAACUUGCUAAUUGAACCUGGUUUACAACUUUGUUGCAUCACUGGAGAAGUGUAAAGCAGCUGAAAUGUACCAGUAGCACUGGAUGCUAUAUAUUCACGCACAUUUUAUGUGUGUGGUGACGACAGCCAUAUGAUAAAUGAUGGAGCCAUGUGAUAAGUUGCACAGACAUGUGACAGGUUGCAUUUAUUAUGCACCCUUGAGCACUCAUCUGUACUCUGCCCACUAAUCCAUCUCCUGCAGGUUAAUUCUAACAGUCCAGCCUCUGAGCAGCUGCCAGCUUUUAAAAAAAUCAAUCAACCUGCCACAAAAAUGUUUCUUUCCCCAAAAUAUAGAAUUUCCUACCCCUCCCACUCUCAAAUGACACUGGUCAGAGAUGCAGGCUAGGCAAUAUUCUUUUCCACACCAGUGACUGAUUUAAAGUUUGACACAUUAUGGCUGUAUGGAGCUAGAAACCAACGGAAAAGGGAGAUUCCCAGCCUUCCAAUUUGACACAAAGCAGGUGCUUCUCACUCAGUGAUAUUUUUAAGUACAGAAAAGCUAUUUUAGAUAAUAUUUGAUGGUUUUUUAUUAGUUUUAAGUUUUUCAUUGCCUGUGAAGCCCUGUUCAUGGUAAGUAAGGCCCUUGACUUUACAGGUAGAGGGAUACAAGAAGUCGUCCCAACACAAUUUUUUAAAACUCCCUAAAAUACUUUAAAAUAAAAUAAAAUGUGGCACACAAAAAGAGCACAAUAAUGUGGUGGUAGAAAUGUGUCAUUAGCACGCAUGUGGGAAUGAGCUGAAUAACUUCUCCGUCAUGAAUUUAAAACUAGUGAGUCAGGCAACCAGCCCAAACGCCUUUAUACCACGCCACAUUCUCAUGUACUCCAUAACAGUACUGCAAUAUGGGAGGAGUGGGGGUGGGGGAGGAACAUCAAACCUAGAUAGUUACCAUGAAGUCUCAUUAUUAUAUUGGGUGGUUUUAAAUGUUAAGUUAUGCCUAGUUUUCUGGAGGUGGAAGCUGUUGGGUUCUUUUAUAAUAUUCUUCAUGCACAUUUUUGUUGGAAUGAAACAAUGUGUCUGAAGGACUGGAAGAGUAAAACGUUAAUUUAGUUAUUAGGCUAAUUUGCAUAUGUUCCGUGCUGGUCACCUGAUUAUAAUAACAAUCUAAGGUGGUUCAAUAACUGUAAACUUGUUUUGCUAUUGUGCAGCUUAAUUGUUACCUACCUGUAUUAUGAACAUCUGUGUAUUUGGAAAAUAAAUCCGUCUUACAAGAAAGAUUGUGCAAACUUUUCCUAUUAUAUACCAAUGUAUAUUGCUGAUGUCAAAUAAAAUACUCUUGUGAGAGUUCUUAAA